AUGGAUUUCAAGGAAGGAUUACAUUUUCUUUAUGACAGCUUAAUAUUUUUGUGGCUGUCAGUUGUGUAUAUAACAGAGUCAUUAAUUUUGAGCUUAAUACCUCGAAAAUACAGAAGCAAAAGUAUUCAAGGCGAGAUAGCAUUAGUGACAGGAGGUGCUGGCGGGUUAGGAAGAUUAAUUGCUUCGAAAUUAGCGAGCCUUGGGGCUCACGUUGUGAUAUGGGACAUCAACAAAUUAGGGAUUAAGGAUAUUGUGGACGAAAUAAAAAGCCAGGGUGGCAAAUGCACUGGAUAUGUUUGCGACAUAAGCAAUCGAGAAGAUAUUUAUCGCGUUGCUAAAACAGUACAAAUGGAAAUUGGAAAUAUCACAAUUAUCGUAAAUAACGCUGGUUAUGUGUGCGGUAAAACUUUUAUGAAUCUCCCAGAUGAUGAAAUCGAGAAGACUUUCAAAGUUAAUAUUCUCUCGCAUUAUUGGAUAAAUAAAUCAUUCAUGAAAGAAAUGAUGAAAGAGAACCAUGGUCACAUCGUCACUAUUGCGAGUGUCGCGGGAUUGCUUGGUACUUAUAAUUGUACCGAUUAUUCAGCGACUAAAUUUGCGGCAAUUGGCUACCAUGAGAGUUUGUUUACCGAAUUAAAAGUACACGGAUACCAUGGAAUUAAUACGACAUUAGUCUGCCCAUACUUUAUAAACACAGGAAUGUUUCCAGGUGUCAAGCCAAGAUUGUUACCUAUGCUAGAGCCUGAAUACGUAGCAAAUGAAGUUGUCGCUGGCAUACUAACUAAUCAAAUAAAUGUUACUAUGCCUUUAAGUACAAAGUAUUUUUUACCGCUUAAAAGCUGGUUACCACCAAAACUCUGUUGGGCUCUGAUGUAUAACAUCAUUAAAGGGCCACAGACCAUGAUGAUGCUACAGAAAAAUGAGAACAUGCACAAUUACGAUCGUUUGAAAAAUUAUUAG